UAAAAAUGUCAAAAUUUAUCUGAAGAAACAAACACGUGCUGCUAUUAAUACGUUCAAUUAUUUUAUUUAUACAUACUUUAAACAACUUUAAUAAAUAGAAAUAAUGAAGAUUAGAAAGAACCAUCAACGUAAGCGAUAUCGCUAUAACUGUAAUAGAAAGACGAUGAGAAAAACCCGUGAAUCCACCGGAAAAAUAAAAGACCCUGAAAUGAAAAAGCUUUGGAUAGAGACCAAGCGUAACAAGAACUUUUUUGAAAUGGGACUUGCAUCCGAUCCCAACAAAUCGGUACCAAUACCAAAUUUCAAGCAGCAUCGUAUAAAGACAGUGAAGAUCAUAAAUGGCUUUGUGGAGGAAGAAAUGGAUGAUGAAGAGCUGAAAUCAAAAAUCUCAGAUCGUCCAAGAGGUUAUGUCAUAGAAAAAUUAGAGGCAGAUGCAGCAGAACCAAGAGAAAAACUGCUUAGGCUGCCUAAAAACUCAAUUGACCAUUUGAGCUACUUCCUCGACAAGUAUAAAUUUAACUACAAAGCAAUGGUAACUGAUAGACGAAAUUAUUUGCAAUGGACAUGGAAACAAUUUCGCAUGAAAAUACGAAAAUUUAUGUCAAUACCGGAACAAUUCAAUGCAUACUUGAAGCAGCGAAAUUUAAAAGAAGGUGAAAAGCCGGCGUGGGAAGAAUACGAUUCAGACAGUGAAUGGAAGUAAUAGUAUAAUACUUAUCCUUACAUGUUAGUGUUAGUUUUAAAUAAAUUUUAUAAUAACUCUAAAA